GCCGGUCUUUCGGGACGGGGUUCGGGCACGAGGGCGGUCUUCGUGCAAGUACGUUCGGUUCGUGGUAGUGCGAAUGCGAAAGAAUUUUGUCAGUUGUGCGACAACUUGUGCUGUGUAAGGAUGUCCAAACGCGCGUCCGUUUAACAGCCAAGAGCAGCCAGCAGUGCAAGAAGAAGAGCAUACGAGAUACGUCAAAAUCGAAUAAUGCUGAAAAUAAAUACAUUUGCCAUCUAGUUAGAGAAGACAGUACAGGAAAGAGAAAGACACACAGUUAGAGAGGGAGAGCAAAUCAAAGUAAACAAUCAAACAUACACACAAGAGACAUUUGCGCUUAUCACAACAGCAACAACAAGAACAACAACAAGAGCAACAAAGUUAAUCAGAGUAUCUGCUUGAACAAUAGCAUAUGAAAUCUUUUGCCGGAGUCAGUCUUCAUUGGCAGCUCGAGUGUUUUAGUACUUGAGGCUUCUUAUCGCCAGCGACCGUCGGUUCUCUUGUUCUUUUGACUGUUUUCGACACGCUGCCACGCCCACGCUACGUAUUGCUUUUUGCCUCCUCCUUUGCUAAUGAUGUCGCGCCGUGAGCUGUGCCGCAACAACAACAACAACAACAACAACAUCAGCAGUAGCAGCAGCAACAACAACGGCGAGAAUUGCAUAUGCAACUGUGUGGCAUCCACAUCGAAUCCGUUCCGCUAAAAAAAUCGUUUGCAAAGUCGCGUCGUUCCGUCUUUCGUUUCGUUUGUGCUUGUGUCUAAUUUGCGUCUCCAUCAACAACAACAACAACAAUAGCAACAACAACAACACUGCUUAAUAAUCAAUAAUCAAAGCGUGCUUUAGGCCUUAUCGCUAAAAAAAAAUAUAUAAUAAGAGAAGAAAUUGAUUCGCGUUUCCAUCACAAACCAACCAAGACCAAUUAAUGCCAAAGCAAUUGCCACCUGCAUCGACCCCCACACAGUCUCUCUCAGCCCCCUAUCAAACCCAACGAGAAACAAUCAAAACCAAGGCACAUAAAACUUAAAUAGUUUAUUGACAACAAAAGUGCCAGCAAAGUGCAUUCACAAUACACAGUUCUUCAAAUCAAGUUCACGAAGCUGCAAGCUCAAACCCCAAACAUUUUAUCAUGGACUUUCAGAGCGCUAUGGAAACCUUUGCAGAGGCCUGGGUGGCCGCCAAUGCCGGACAGCAGAGCCAGGCCUUGGCUUUGACCCGGGCGGCCAAUGCGGCGGCGGUUGUGGCCGCUGCCAAUGUCAAAUCACCAUCGGCUGCGGCUAGCCUCAUGGACAUGGCCGUCAAGAAGGAGCACUCACUGUCGCCGACCCACAGCGCCCUCCCCGAGGACGCCAGCGUUGGCGUUGCGCUGGGCCAGCUGCAGCACAGACGCAGUUCGCUGCAGGGCGUGCAGGAGAAGUUGACACAGCUGCAAAUGCAGCAUCAGCACCAUCAACAGCAGCAGCAGCAGCAACAGCAGCAGCAGCAACAACAGCAGCAACAACAACAGCAACAACAACAACAGCAGCAGCAACAGGCUGCAGCAGAGACGACAAAUGCCGCCGGUCGACGUUCCACAGAGGGCAGUCCGCCGGCUUUGGGUUUGCUGCCCCAUCAGCAUCAACACCAGCAGCAGCAGCAGCAACAGCAGCAGCAACAACAACAGCAACAACAAUCGCUGCUCAACGCCGAAUCCGGCUGCGGCAAUGCGUUGUCCUCCUCUGCGGGCUCUAGUCAAAAUGCCUCCUUAGCGGCAACACCCAAGAGCGAAAGAGAACGCGAACGCGAGCGAGAGGAGCGCGGCAGCAUCUCCUGCUUACCGCCCGCUGCGCUGGGCAUGGCUGUGGGCGUGCAGGCACAGCAGCAGGCCGAGAAGCUGCUCAGCCACCCCGCACUGGAAGCUCGACGAGAUUUCGAUGUCAGCAAAGUGAAUCCGAAAUCGCUUCCAUUGCACUGCGUGGUUGAGUCCGUGCACUCGCUGCACGCCUCGCUCACCAUCGACACGCGUCAGCCGUGGAAGCGCCGGCCAAACAUUGAGACGGACAGCUAUGUGAUCAUUGCAGCGGCCACGCCCUGGAGCGAAAUAGUGCAGACAGCGCUGCAGCGUCUCGGCUACUCGCAGGAGGUGGCCAACACAGCCCGAGGCUCUCUCAUCAUUAAGCACUGGAAGCCCAUACCCUUGGAAAAGAUCUCUGAUAAUCCGGCUGUGCCGGUUAGCGACAUAGUUGGCGAACUGACCUCCGUUAUAACGCUGCGCAUUGUCAUCUUGCGGCCGAAGACCUCGCCCUUUGGCGAGAUCAAGGACAAGCUCUUGAAGCUGCUUGUACUCCAGUCACACGCCCUGCUCCGCUCCACCGGCUGCCCCCUAGACGAGGUAACGCUCUCGCAAAUCUGUCGCAGCUCCCAUCAGAACACCUACGCACUGCCCGGCGGGGAGAUCUCUGACGAGCUGCGCCGCAAGUUCGAUCAGUGGUGGUCGAACCAGCUCUCGCCGCAGUCCGCCAUGACGCCAAAGAUGCUGCCGUUUAUGUCGGCGCCGUCGACGGUGCCCGUCGUGCCCGGCGACAUGGACUUUCCCGUGGGCACGGCCAUGGCGGCCGCUGCAGCAGCGGCGGCUCAUGCGGCCGGCGCCGCUGCCAAUCCGCUGGGCGCCAUGAGCAGCCGCGAGUCGCUGCUGCUGGCCAACGAGGCGGCCGGGCACCAUGCCAAUGCGGCGGUGGUGGGCCAGGCCCAGGCGGCUGGGCAUCAUGGCAACAUGCUGGUGCAUCCGAUGCACGCGGGCAUGCAUCAUCAUCACCAUGCGACGGCGCACGGCGGCCAGUACCCCAGUCAGAAGACGCGCAUGCGCACCAGCUUCGAUCCCGAGAUGGAGCUGCCCAAGCUGCAGAAGUGGUUCCAGGAGAACCCGCAUCCCUCGCGCCAGCAGAUCCAGACCUAUGUGGUGCAGCUGAACGCGCUGGAGUCCCGUCGCGGCCGCAAGCCGCUCGACGUCAACAACGUGGUCUACUGGUUCAAGAAUGCGCGUGCGGCCCAGAAGCGCGCGGAGAUGCGCGGCGGCAGCUUGGGCAACGCGAUGAGCGCCCUGGGCCAUGCGGCCAUGAAUGGCUACCUCAGUCAGCAUGCGCCGCUGGGUCAGAACUCGAGCAGCAGCGCCGGCAGCCAGCCGCUGAGCAUGGGCAAUCUGUCCAUGUCGCACGACUAUCUCAAGAGUCCGAUGAGCCUGAAGUCCGAGGACAUUGACACCAUGUCGCAGCACUCGGACGAGCUGGAGGAGGAGCCCAGCAGGCCGAGCACGCCGCAGCUGCCGCUCUCCCUAACCACACACGAGCGACAUCGCGGCUCGCCCAUGCUCGAGGAGGACGACGACGAGGAGCAGCAGCAGCAGCAGCAACAACAGCAGCAACAACAGCAGCAGCAGCGCUCGAAGAGCGUCAACAGCGAUGUGGUCAAUGGCGUCGAGGAGCACGACGAGAAGCCCAUUGUGCUAAAGGCGAGCGAUGCUGCCGAGCUGCCCGACCAGGACAAUUCCAACUCCAACGCCAAUGCCAGCGGCCUGGCUGAGACUGCUGGCAAUGAGGAGGCCAGCGCUGCGGCCAGCAACAACAGCAACAACACCAGCAGCAACAACAACAACAAUAACAGCAACAACAAUAACAACAACAGCAGCAACAGCAACAACAACAGCGACAACAACAACGAGCAGGAGUCGGGCGGCAGCCCAACCAAGCGCAGCACGCCCAAGGAAGAGGACGAUGAGCUGGACAUGGACGAGGAUGACGAUGAGAAUGAGCAGGACACAAGUCACCUGGAUGAGUUUCGCUCGCCCUCGCCGGAUCUGGCGGGCAGCGUGACGCCACACAAGGACCAGCUGCCCUUCCCCAUGGUGCCCAACUCGAUGUUCUCGCAAUCCUUCAUGUACAUGAGCCACUAUAUACCGGCCUUUGGCCAGGCAGCCGCCGCCCAUCCGCAUGCCCAUCAUGCGGCGGCUGCGGCGGCAGCGGCUGGACUGCAGCCGAACGCCCUGAUGGGCGGCGCCGGACUCAACUUGUCGAGCAUUUCGAACGAGGAGCGCCGCAAGCGCAAUCGCACCUUCAUCGACCCAGUGACCGAGGUGCCCAAGCUGGAGCAGUGGUUCGCCAUGAACACGCAUCCCUCGCACAAUCUGAUACUCAAAUACACCGAGGAUCUGAACACGAUGCCCUAUCGUCAAAAGUUUCCACGGCUGGAGAGCAAGAAUGUGCAGUUCUGGUUCAAGAAUCGGCGAGCCAAGUGCAAGCGGCUCAAGAUGUCGCUCUAUGAUAACAGCCAAUGCGGGCAGCUGGGCGGCCUCGGCUCCUUUGUGCCCAAGUACGAGGAGCGCGACUAAACGUCUCUCUACCCCAUCCCUCCCGACUAUCCCCUACAUGUAUAUAUUAAAACAAAUAUUCACUUAGACUUAACUCCUAUGCAGCUAUGACAAAUUGACGAAUUGACAAAUUGACAAAUUGAGCAUAAAGCAAGUUGAAUUCCCUUAGACUAUCUAGUUAAGCAAUGUCUCUUCAAAGUAUUAUAGCCAGAGCUAUUACCUAGACCCAGUAACCAGGCCCAGUAAGCAAAACAGAAUUAGCCAAGAGCAGACGUAAAGGAAACUUAGUUAAAAAUUAAAAUUAGCUGAUCUAAACUUACUUUAAUUUAUCGCAGAAAAGCAAAGGCAAACGUUUUGUAGCUCGUAGCAUCAUGAACUAAUCAAAUAUCUAAUUAUAUAUACCUAUAUAUAUAUAUAACUACAUAUAUAACACUCUAAAUAUAAAAUAUAUCGAAAUAAGUUGAACUAUUCAAACAAUUUGCAAAGUUAGGAGUGUAACCAAAGAGAGCCAAUUUCAUGUGUAAAUAUGUAUGCUAUACAUAUAUAUAUAUUCACAUAUCUUAUAUAUAUAUAUGUAUAAC